CGGUGUUUGUCAGUGUAAAGAUAGGAUUCCCACUCUUCAUUUCGGAUCUCAAUAAUAGUAUUUCUUCAUCAUUACCAUCAAAAAUAAAUUGCUGCCAUGCAAUCCAAUCCAAUGGCAAAUCAAGAUAGAGGGCAGGAUUUCGUACUCUUUGAUGAUACAGCAGGUAUUCCUUCUGGUUCUACUCAAAGUAUUCCUUUCGGUAGUGCAGGCAAUUCCAAUACCGAUGCAAGUGCAUUUACUCAAUACAGAAAUGCUGGUGGUUUAUCAAAUUCAGCUGGCAUUCCAGGUAUAAAUGAAUCACCUUUUAGCAGUCCAGCUUCAAAACCAGAAGAUGAUUUCAUGACAAAUCCAAUGGCAGCCAACAAUGGUGCACAACCUAUACCCAACACCACUCCUCCUUCAGGAACAUUGGCUCAAGGAACGCCAAAAUCAAAACGAGCAAGAGGGCAUGGAUAUAGUAGCUCUUGGACAGGUGGAAGUAUAGAACAGCAUUUACAUCAAUUACAACAAGCACAAGCACCAAAUAUGGCACCAAAUAGCUCUUUCGGUGGCUUUUCAGCAGGAGGUGAUUGGAGUGGUUCAGAUACCUCUCCACAAAAUCCUCCUAGCGGUAGUUUUGGACCACCAAUCCACAGUCUUUCGUUAGGCGAUGGAUCACCCGACUCAGCUUUAGCGAAUGCCGGUCAAUUUGCCAGCUUGUUCCCUUCAACCACUUUAGCAGGAGAUAAUCGUGCGAUACAGCCUGAUCAAACAGCAAUUCAGAACGCUUUGAUCGCUGCAAGAACAAUGGCGCAACAAAACGUCAACCUUAAUGCACAGCAGCAGGAAACCAUUGCUCGCCAACAGAUUCAGAAUGAUCUCAAAGGUGUUGAUAGCAGGGCAUUGAAAGGUCAAUUGCGUGAUAUCAAGCAGGGUGCUCUUCCUAACGUCAAUCCAUCGCAAGGAAAUGUUCUAUUUCCCAACGUACCUCUCACACCUUUGGCUGGUGAUCCAUCUGCACCGGGAGAAUUCUCAAACGCAAAGACGGAUGCGAUAACAGAAGCACUUUCUUCAGGAGGGUUCGGUAAUGAUCAAAGCCUAUCCAACGGAAUCCCAACAAUGACAUCAGCACCCUAUGCAGCAGGGGGAAGCGAUGUUGCUAUGAGUGGCUUCGGAGCUGCGCUACCAGCCUCGAUUGCCGAUUCCAUUUCGUCAUCAUACACGCAUCCUUCUCUUCCUGCACAGCCUACAAGACAAUUCUCAGAAAGAACGCAAAAUGCAGUCAAUCGCGCAAUGGCACAGAAACCGACGAGAAAGAGAAUGACGAGAGAGGGAAGCGGAUUAACAGUUAGUCCACAAGAAGCAUUUCUUGAUUAUCAGAAUAUCGAUUCUGUUUUGCAAGCAGCCAGUCAGACGAAUUCUACUUUGGGUGGAAAUGCACCAAAUGUCUUUUCUUCAGCACCAGGGAUCUCGGGUACUUCGAUGGGAAUGACAAUGCCUGGCUUAGUGACGGAUACACAGAAUCCUGCUUUUGGAAGCUCUGAAUCGAUGGGCACCCCACGCAAUUUGACAGACGUUCCACUUUCCUCAUCAUCUGCUUUCACGUUGGAAGGUACGCCAAGCCUAAUUGAUGGCGGUAGUAGCAAUGGAACAGAUAGUCGAGCAACUAGUGCGCUACCAAGCCCUCCUCAACGAUUACCUUUGAACAGGGAAGAUACCGUUAGACCAUCAAAAGCACAAAUGGGAUCUUCAUCUUCUCAAUCUUCCGCUUUGAACGCUCCUCAACAAACGCCUUCCGAUCAACAAUCUUCACAAGGCAGCUUGUUUUCCAAAAGUGGAGGCAUGCUCAGUCCUUCUGAGAGCGCAAACAGCAGUACAGACGACGAAGAUGAGAAGCCAUAUUUCUCAAAAGGACAGAGUAACGCCAAAAGAAGUUCGGGAAAUGGUGCUACAACAAGCUAUGCUCAGAAUAAUACUCCAGGCUUCCAAAAUGGACCGCGGUUCUCAGUCGUAUCGUCCAGCUCGAGCGAGUCUGAGGAUGAUUUGCCAAACAGGAGGCGGUAUGGUAAUGCAAUGUCGAAUAAUGGGAACAGAAGUAUGGAAGGCCAAAGUAAUCAAGGUGGGGUCGGUGCGGGUCAGUACAAUGCUCGACCUAGGACGAUGGGUGGAUAUGGAUAUAUGGGCAGCAGUGAAGAGAGUGGAUUGUUUGCAACGCCUUCUUCAUUGCCUUUCCAACAGCAGCAGCAGCAGCAGCAGCAGCAAAAUCAGAUGCUGCCGCCGAACUACAAUGAUUGGCUUGCUGGUGCUGCCCAGGGCAUGAUUGGUCAAAUGCCACCUCCUCUGGAUACUGCUGCAGCUCAGGCUACGGCUGCACAACAGAGACAACAACAUAGUCAGCAACAGUCCUCUUCCGGUGACGCACCUAGCGAAACAGGCUCGCAAAGUCAAGAUGAAAGUUCUCGACAAAGUCCUUCUAUUCGAAGUUCGGCUCAAGCAAUUUAUCCUUUCCAAAAUAAUGACAUGAACAGGAAUAUGAUGAUGGGAGCGAACAAUUUCCAUAUUCCAGGGACUAUGCCAUUUGCACAACCUGGAAUGGACGUACAAGGAGCAGGAUUGGCCACGCCUAAACCACGUAAUCGGUCUAGAACGAGAGCUACAGAAGUCAACAAAGCUGAACAAAGUAGAGGUUCAAGUAAGCAAGAAUCGUCGGAAGAAGAGGAGGAAGACGACGAAGAUGAAGAGGAAGACAGUGAAGAUUGGGAGGGCACAGAAGACGAUGAGGAUGAAGUGGACGAAUCCGAAGGCUCGCCUUACGGUGGCACUAAAACCAAAACAAAUUCUACGUCAAAGAAAAGCACAAAAACAAGGAAAAACAAUAAUGGCGCAACAGUUAGACGGAAGAAACGUAAUUCACACGAUGGGGAUUCUCAAGCAAAGAACAGGCAUUCAGGCAGUCAUGCUGGUGUCACUGUAUGCGAUUAUGUUUCUCCGAUGACCGGUGAAGAAUGCGGUACUGAAUUCCAUAGACCGUACGAUUUGGCAAGACAUCGUGAAACAAUUCAUGCAAGAGAAGAAGCAACACUGUUGAAACAAGGAAAGAUCACAAAAGAACAAUGUGUGGUUUUAUACAAAGAAGUUGAUCCUGCAAAAUCUUUGGCAACAGUGGAAUGGAGAUGUGAUGGUCCAAACGGUUGUGGAGCUUUAUUCUCACGCAAAGAUGCUCUUCUGAGACACAGAAGAAUUCGCAAUCACUAAAGAUGCAAUAUUUAUAUAACUGUAUACCAUUGCAUGCAUUACGCUUGAUGUACUGUACUGCAAA